AUGGGUGAAUGGCCCCUUUGGUCGUUUUGUACGCAGCAUCCCAUUUUCGGGAUUGCUCUAUUAGGUGCCCUGGUCCUCGUUGCAGCCUGGAGGUUGAACGAACAUGUCAAGGCUCGGAGAUACAAGUUACCGCCACGUAUACCAGGGAUACCUAUAUUCGGCAACACUUUUCAACUCCCUGCGCUGAAGCAAGGGAUAUGGGCAAUGGAAAUGGCACAGAAAUAUGGCGAGAUGUUCACUUGCAGUAUUGGCGGUAAGACAUGGGUGUUUCUGAACUCAUCACGCACGGUCAACGACUUGAUGGAGAAGCGUUCAUCCAUCUACUCUUCGCGUCAAUACAUGCCAAUGGCGUCUGGUGUGUUAUCGGGCGACAAUCGAAUUCUGCUCAUGCCAUAUGGAGAGCGAUGGCGCAUGAUCCGCCGGAUUAUGCAUUCAAUCCUCAACAAACAGAAUUCACCGGUCUUUGCACCUUUCCAGGACAUCGAGUCCAAACACCUUCUUUACGACUUUCUCCACCAUCCGGAGCUGUGGUAUUCUGCCACGCAGCGGUUCGCCAACUCCGUCAUCAUGAGUGUGGUGUUCGGCAAGCGCAUGGAGUUGGAGGACCCCAAGAUCCGAGAGCUCUUCGAGACAUCCAAUGCCAUCAUCGAAGCGAUUCAACCUUCCGCGAACCUCGUGGACUCUCUGACCUUCCUGGAAAGGCUCCCAAAGCCCUUGCAAUGGUGGCGGCCAAGAGGGGAAGCAAUGUUCCAAAAAACCGUCAACAUCUACAGGCGCGAGGUAGAGGAAUUGCAGCAGAAAAUGAAGAACGGGACAGCGCGGGAUUGCUUUGCGACCAGGUUUCUCAAGGAUCCCGAAACCAAGAGCUACGGGCAAACGCAAACAUAUUUCGCCCUGGGAUCACUCAUGGAGGCUGGAAGUGAUACCUCUCGCAUGACGAUCAGUCAGGUGAUGGCAGCCGCGGUCCUCGACAAGCGGUGGGUUGAAACAGCUCGGGAAGCCCUCGACAGAGUCUGCGGGAGAAACGCGGAGCGUCUGCCGACGUUCGAGGAUCGGAUCGAUCUGCCCUACAUCACCGCGACGGUCAAAGAAGCAUUCCGAUGGCGACCGUUUGCGGAGAUUGGAGUGCCGCACAUGCUCAUCCAAGACGACGAGUAUGAGGGCUACAAAUUCCCUGCUGGGACGUUGUUCACGUGGAAUGCGACGGCGAUCGCGAUGGAUCCUAGGGAGUACGAGCAGCCCGAGCGAUUCUGGCCGGAACGUUUUCUCAACGAUGACCUCGACCAUGUUCUGAAAGGGCACUGGAGUUUUGGUCCAGGUCGACGAGUAUGCUCUGGAUACAAUGUGGGAGAGACCAACGUCUGGAUUGUCGUGGCACGAUUGCUGUACUGUUUCGACUUUGAGGGCGUUCCAGGGAAGCGUUUCGACUCGUUUCAGGUCAACUGGGGGGAACAUCGGUUCGCGCCCUUUGAUGUCUCGAUCAGAGUUCGGAGUCCUCAACACGCGGCCUUGAUCGAAAGAGAGGGCAGAACGGCGGUGGACACAAAGUACUGA